GCUGCGCACAGAACACGAUUCACGGCACAAAGACGCAGCAGUGACCCGCAGGGUUGUUCGUUCAGAGACCUGUGUUUGACACCACUCUCUAAAUUAACGUAGCUCGUGAAUAUUCCAAGCAUUCGCAUUUAACAACUUUCAAGGUUAUCGACGAACUGAAAUCAAUCCAGACGUCGUAGCGUCACGUCGCGGUCCACGGUGGCUGAAUACUCGCCGGCGGCUCUUAAUGUUGGGGGAAUAAUGCGACGCUCUUGAGCUCACUGAGGUCAUAUGAAAUUAUAUCAUCACAUCAGUGGCCUGGCUGUUCUCAAACUGUGUGCACCACGUCCCCUUGAAAGUUCAACAUGGCCUCCUCUGAUCCCCUCGGUCCCUAAUCCGCACUGUGACGCUGACGCCACCACGCGGCCAGAUGCCGUAAAGUGGCGAGAGUCGGCGUGCAUCUUAUUUUUAACUGAAAUUAUUAACCGAAUAUUUCUAAAUUAAUGCAUUUAACGCAUACAAUCAUAAUACAUUUAUAAAGGUAAUAUGACAAGUAUGUCACAUGUUGCUUGUUAUUUUUUCUGAUUUUCUUUACCCAUAUUGAACAUUUGCAUGGAUCAGGACCCCGCAACAUAAACUCUAACCCUGUCAUAGAUGCCUGUGCGUCCAUGCUUGUGUUUUUAUUUGAAUGCUGAGCCAGUCUGCGCUCAACAGCAGAGCAAACUUCCCUCCACUUUACAGCCCUCCCUCCUCUUUGUCCAUGGGAGAGCACAUUUAAAAUGUAACCCCACCUGAAACCCGGCCGGGGCCAAUCCGCUGGGGAGGUGUCAGCGCACACGGCACACCCUCCUUUGUUCGAAACCAAUCAGAGUGGACGUGUGGCAUUUUGCCUGAGGGGAAAACUUACCCCUGGAUGCGUUAAUUACGCAUCACUUAGCUGUUGCCAAUGUGUUCACAACGGUGGACCCUCUUUUGGGCUUUUUGCAACGGGUGUCUUCAUUUCUCGGUCAAUCUAGUAUGGAAAGUAGACAACAAUGGCUUACCAGGCUGAAAAAUGAACUUAGCAACAGUCCUCUGGUGUCAAACGUGGCAUUUGGCUUCAUCCUCAUGGGACUAGAGAAGCUGGUGGAGCUGGAGUUUGAGUGUCCUUGCAGCCCUACGUGGAAUGGAGUGUUUUCAUCAGCGUUCUUCAUCAUCCCCGCCGUGAUGGCCUUCACCUUGAUGCUGAUCAUUCAAGGAUGCAGGUGUGACAUGUGGUGCAGGAAAACGGUCUCCCUCUCCAGCUUCGUUCCCGCGAUCGUCUGGCUGAUUUUGCUGUUUCUCGACGGCCAGUACUUCGCUUGCGCUAUGACAGACUGGGAGGGUAGAUUUGUCCUAGUGGACAAGGCUGCGCCGCAGAAGUGGUGUGAGCCAAUUAGUGAGGGCGCUGUCACGCCACAAGAACUGAUGCUCCGCUCCCAGCAGCUGUUCGUCUUCUCUCAGGUUAUAGGCAUAAUCCUCCUCAUUUUCAUCUGUGUGGGUCUCGUAGUGUAUGUAAUCAGAGAAAGCUGCCAACGGGAGGUGGAGAUGCAGGAUGCAGACGUAGCAGAGCUCACCGUGCUCAGGAUGAGCUCUCUGCGGACCAGGACGUCGUGAGAGGACCUGACCGCCCACCUCAGCCGCCUGCUGCCGCCACGGACGCUUUGUAAAUACCCCGAGCAGACAGAGGAGUUGUUACGCUCCCUGUGGACAAUUGUGAAAAAUGAUGCUGAAAUGGUUGCCGUGAAUAUGGAAAUGAGCAAAGCUGGAGUUUGUGUUUUUUUUCUGCCCACUGGUCCAAAUGUGAAGCUACAGCCUGUUAGCUUAGCUUACCACGAAGACUUGAAACAGGGAAUAACAGCUAGACCGAGUUCGUCAGGAGGCCACAAAACGUACCAGCCAGCAACUGUAAAUAAUUCACGCGUCUUUAUCAAAUUUAUGCAGACAUUUUCUCAGCAGGCAGCAGUUGCAAGGCAACCCCCAAAGACUGUGGGAAGCACUGCUUCCACCCAAGAACUAGUCAACAAUGUUUGGAAACUUUUUUUAUAUAUUUUAUAUCAGCUUGUGAAAACUACCAGGCAGCUAAUAUUGAUCUGAGAAGUUUUAGUUGAAUAGAACAAUGGUUUGUGUUGUGUGUGCCAAACUGAAAAUGUGUCAAAUUACUUGUUUUUGUUUUCCUUCAUGAAAACCAAAGAGUUGGAUCCUCAUCUAAGGAUUCUGAACCAAUUAUCCAAAGGUUGCUCCUGUGUGACAACUCUAGAUGUCAUAGGACUUUUUUUUAUCAUGGCUGCAAUCAGCCAAAAAUCGAAUUCACAAACAAAGUCUAUUGCUGUAUGUUUGUUUCAUAAAUAUUUUGUAAUAAAUGAAUUUAUUUAUUUAAGUAAAAGUGUUCAGGGAUUUCUUACAUUCAUGUAACUUAGCUGCUAGAAUCGAAUUUGUAAUAUUUCUCUAGUAAGUAAAUUCUACAAAUGCAAGACAAAGUGUGCGGUUUUGAAAUUUAAAGCAAUGUUUCCUUACACUGCUCCUGCUUCUGUUGCUAAGGAACCUAUGGUAAACUUAAAUAUGGGGAAUUACACAAAUUCUGUCUGUAAAAAUCUGUCUGUAGCGUCUCGUCACAGCACCUGUGGGCUCCGUCCACAGUCUGUGCUUUUACCAGCUCAUCUAUACAACGUGGAGGUUCAACGCAGAUCUGACAACACAGAGAAAGUAAUCUGGUUCUGACUUGUAUUUCUUGCUAUUUACGACAUUGCAAAAGUACCAGUUAAGCCCAUUAAGGGUAAAAAUUGGGGCAGAGCGUGAAAGUUUAUCCUGUGGGAGGACUUAGUCGAGACAUGCUGUGAAACCCUGAGAAGGUUGCCUUUGUUCAGGCCGCUCGGCUCACGGUUUGACACAACAGGAUGUCAUGUUCAUCAGCAAACAAGCAAACCCACUAAUGUGGCUUCUUGAAUACUACACACUUCAUGGUUUUACACACACAGGUAAAUUGUACCUUCAGGACUCCAGAAACAUCCAUGUGAAACAUUCAGCAACAGCUCUGGAGACAAUAAUACCGGGAUAUUAAAACACAGCAUCAGCUCUCAGACGCUCACAGUUUAAAGAAUUAGUUUAGUCAGGCUGCCAUGAAUCGGUUCUCUUGUUACUGUACAUAGAGUUACACAUGGUUGCAUUUUACCAGACUUCAUAUAUCAUUUAUAUUAUAAUAGACGGCGGGAUGGUACGUCAUGGCAAUCUUUGUGUGGGAAGCUGGAUAUGCGAUAUAAAACUCCUUAAACCUACGCUUUGCUUUGGGCUGACACAUAUUAAGACUGUAUUGAAUGUGGAUGUGUAUGAAUUGAACAUUUUAAAUAUAUUAUUCUUGGUAACAUUAAGAGUAGAGGUAUGGGUUUGUAAACUACUAGCUAAAAAUGUAAUGGAUCAUAGUGAAUUGUAUUAAACAUAGGCUGAAUACCUUAUUUAGUACAUAUAAGGACCAAAAGCAAAAAUGUUUAAAUAUUUGGUUUUGUAAUAGAAUCAUGAACUGGACUUCUAUUAAACCUUCACAUUCCA